AUGCCCUUCAACGCCACCUUCGACUGGGUCCCCCGCGGCCUGACCUUCACCCCCACCACCCUGGACCCCGACCUACACAUCCACUCCGGCGGCCCCAACGACCCCGACACCACCACCAUUCCCUCCCGCUACCGCAUCCAAACCAUAACUCCCAACCCCUCUUACCUCACACCUGCCCUCUGGAUCGAGAGCAUGAUAAACAUCCUCUCCCAACCCUCCAAAUCGCUCAUCCUUCUCGAAUCCCGCAACAGCCCACAGGAACCCGGCUUCGCCGCGCCCGAAGACGUCAUACAAUCUACCAUAAAGGCCCUGAAUCUCAAAGAAGAGCAGACAGAGAGAGUCAUCGGCAAGACCGGAUCACUAACCGAUUACUUCUUCUCUGAAUCACCAUCAUCAGAUUCAAGCAUCGAGCUUGCCUUCCGCUGGACGUCCAUAUCUGGUUGUUAUGUCAUUUUCAUGGGGCGGUUUAUCCCGAAAGUGGCACUAGGGUGGGAAAGGAAGGAGGCGAAUAGAAUGGUGGGGAUUGUUUCGUAUAGGGGGCUUUUCCCCAUCUCUGCCGGGAAAGGUGAGGACGAGAAGAAGAAGGAGAAGAAGGAGAAGAAGAAUGUGAUUAUGGAUUCCGAUUUGGGAGUGGCGCUGGGUAAGCAUGCUGAACAGCUUGGAGAAAACCCAAUGAGUGUGUUCACUGUGCUUCUUCAGCUGUGUGAGAGCCAUUUGGAUGAGGAGAUACAUGAGCUGGGGGUAAGGAUUGAGGGAACACCAAUGGAGGAUUUCGCACAGGUUGUAAAGGAGAUGGCGCCGGAGAUUUGUAUGUUGAGGAAGGCAUGUAAUGAUUUGCUGGCUAUUUGUGGCGGGUGUCUGUCUGCGAUCAAGAUCUGGAGUCAGAAUGUGAAGAUGACUGGUACGCAGAUGUGCGCGGAGGGAUUGCGGAGGGAUGUCGAGGGGAUAAAAGCGUUAAUUGAACUGCGCUUGGAGAAGUUGAAUUAUGUUGAUGGGGUUUGUAGCCGUAUGAUGAUGGGCGGGGAUUCAGGGAGGCGAACCAGGUUCAUGGAGUGUUGA